AUGUGCUCCAUGGCUGGCGGCGGCGCGCCGUCGCGGUCUGCCUCCACCAUCGUCGCCAACAUCGCCAGUGGGUACCACAUCCUCAAGAUCGAUGGCUACUCCCGCACCCUUGCGACCCCCACAGGAAAGUAUAUCGCUUCCCUCCCGUUCACCGUGGGUGGCCAUCGCUGGCACAUUCGCUACUACCCCAACGGCAACAAGUCAGACGACAAAGAUUACAUCUCGCUCUUUCUUCAUCUCCACGACAACGUCACCAAGCCAGUGGAGGCGCAGUUCAAGUUCCGUUUCGUCGGCGUCGUGGCGGAGCAGCCGUUGACACUGGGAGAACUGCAUAGCUUCAGCUUCGGUAAGGGUUGGGGGCACUAUCUCUUUAAAAGGGAAGACUUGGAACAGUCGAAGCAUCUCCGGGACGAUUCCUUUGCCAUUCGGUGCGAUGUGGUCGUCGUCACCAACGAAUUCCGCGUGGAGGAGGCGCCGGAAUCCACUGCUGCGGCCGCUAGGAUAUCCGUGCCCCCAUCUGACCUGCACCAGCAUCUCGGCAGUCUCCUGCUGACGGAGAAGGGCGCCGAUGUGGUGUUCGACGUCGCCGGUGAGACUUUCGCUGCACACAGGUGCGUGCUUGCGGCCCGUUCGCCUGUCUUCAGUGCAGAGCUCUUUGGAGCGAUGAAAGAGAGCGACACCGGAGGUGUGGUGCACAUAGAGGACAUGGAACCUCGGGUGUUCAAGGCUUUGCUCUACUUCGUUUACACCGACUUAUUCCCAAUCACAAAGACGACGAAAGAAGUGGAAGAGGGAGUCGUCGAAGCGGAAGAGGGAGACGUAGACGACGACGACGACGACGACGAAGGUGUUUUUUCUCUGCACCUACUGAUGAAAGAAGCGGAAGAGGGAGGCAUUGACGUUUUUUCUCAGCACCUACUGAUGAAAGAAGCGGAAGAGGGAGGCAUUGACGACGAUGAAGACGUUUUGUCUCAGCACCUCCUGGUGGCUGCAGACAAAUACAACUUGGAGAGGCUGAAAUUGUUAUGUGAAAGCAAGCUGUGUGAGUACAUCGAUGUGGGCACGGUAGCAACCAUCGUGGCGCUAGCCGAGCAACACCAUUGCCAUGAACUGAAGAAGGUGUGCUUCCAUUUUCUCAGCUCUCCUGGAAAUUUGAGGGCAGUUGUGGCCAGCGAUGGCUUUAAGCAUCUAAGCAGAAGUUGCCCCUCUGUUAUGGAGGAGUUGGUUGCCAUGCUUGGCAACUUAGUUUCAUGA